GGUCAACAGGAUAAGGUAUGCGAAUUGAAGUUAGUAUGACCCAAGAGAAGUUAAGUUUGCAGCCAAAUUAGGCGACGGCCCAUUUCCUGAUUGGAUUAGCAUAUGUUUUUGGUUUAACACUCAAAAUUGCUGAACUCUGAUUUAAACCGUAGAUUGAUUGACCCACUUUAGAUACGUUAAUUAAGAAUGUGUUUCUCAGCAGCUUUGGCACUUCCAUCACUUGCAAAUGUCGAGGCUAAUUCUGCAAAUUGUAACUCUAAUUGGAGUGGAAAGGAUGAAGAUCCAAAUAAGAGUCAACCGGUGCAACUGUCAUUACCAGCUUAUAAAUGGCGCUUAGUUAUUGCUUACGAUGGUACCAGAUUUUCAGGAUGGCAGUAUCAGCAGACAACACCAACUGUACAGUGCAUUCUGGAAGAAGCUCUGACUACAACCACAAAAAUAAACCGCAAAGAACUUUGUUUAGUUGGUGCAAGUCGGACAGAUGCAGGAGUUCAUGCAUGGGGUCAGGUGGCACAUUUCAUCACACCUUUCAACUAUGAUACACUAGACAGUGUUCACAAAGCUGUAAAUUGUCUUCUUCCUUCUGACAUCAGACUUAGAGAAAUUAGCCCUGCUGUGCCUGAGUUUCAUGCUCGUUUCUCUGUCACAAGCAAGGUAUAUUGCUAUCAAGUAUAUAAUUCCACUAUCAUGGACCCAUUCUUGAGGCACUAUGCUUACCAUAGUGUGUAUAAGCUCGAUGCUGCUGUCAUGAGAGAUGCCGCAAAGCAUUUUGUGGGGAAACAUGACUUUUCUGCCUUCGCCAAUACAUCACGAAAUGACCGAGUUCCAAAUCCAGUGAAGACGAUAUUUCGCUUUGAUGUUGUUGAAAAGGGACCUCUUUUGCUGCUUGAAGUUGAAGGAUCUGGUUUCCUAUAUAGGCAAGUUCGGAACAUGGUCGCUUUGUUGCUUCAAGUUGGAAGACAAGCAGUUCCACCAGAUAUUGUUGCUUGGAUUUUGGAAUCUCGUGAUAGGAAGGAACUUGCAAAGUAUACCUUGUUACUUCCACCUCAUGGACUCAGUCUCGAGACUAUCAAGUAUAAUGAAGAACAUCUCAUACUCCCAGCAGAUUCCCCUGCUAGUAGUUUUGGUAGGCACCAUAGUAUAAGCAAAUGUAAGGUGCUAUUCGUUUGACUAGUUAAUAAAUGAUUAACAAAAAUGAGGGCAUGCAGAAUGGAUUCUGCCCUUUUUAACAGACACUCAUUCGUAUAAAGAGUCUGCGUCUGUUGUUUCUUAA